AUGUUAGAAGAAAGCCAUGAACCAUCAACAAACGACGCGGAAUACUCUAUCUACGUGGGUCGGUGGACUGACUGCAACCCCCUGGGAGCGGGAGAGCAUGCCGCCAGGUCCAUUGAGAGGUAUAUAAGGACUGAGACGGAUUCGCUAGUACAUACCCCAAGGCUUGGCCUUCAACGUCGCCAGGUGCAGUGUCGGAAGAAAGAUGGACGUUUUGUGGAAGCCAUGUACUGUGGAACGAGGUUGGCGAAGAUUGGCACGACACGCGUAUGUGUGAUCCGCGAAGAUUGCGUGUUGGCGGAAUGGCUGCCGUGGAGGCCCAGAGCUGAUGGUGCAUUAGUCAGAACCAGGCGUCUGAAAAAAAUACCACAGGGUGGUGGAAAAGAAUGCGACGUGGUUGAAGAAGUAAGACCAGCUACGUUAGAAGCCAGCGCUCAUUGGACUCCGGGCCCGUGGGGACAGUGUCGCGUCGCCGUCGAAACCACCAGCACUCCAUUGCCAUCCAACACUGAUGACGACAAUGACGAAGAUGACAAUGAUGCGAUAUAUGAUGAAGCCGACGACGACGAUGAUGAUGAUGAUGAUGACGUCGAAGAUGACAAUCGAGCUGCAAGAGAAGCGGGGUGCGGGGGAGGAGUACAGAGGAGAGAUGCUACGUGUGUGCGAGCAGAUGGCAGAGCGUUACACCCAGCUCAGUGUGCUCAUGCGCCCAUGCCGACACUAGUUCAACCCUGUGAGGUCCCUUGUCCACGAGACUGUGAAGUAGGCGAAUGGAGCGAGUGGGGUGCUUGUCAACCAACUGAUGGAUGUCCAUUGUAUCCUGUUCAGCAGCUCACCACUACAGGCUACAGCGUCCGCCGCCGACGUGUAAUCUCCGCAGCGUCAGGUGGUGGGGCCCCGUGUCCCCCGCUCGAAGAGAAGCGCACGUGCAGUGCACCACGCUGUGCGUCCUGGCGCGCGCUGCCGUGGGGCCCCUGCGUGCUCAACCAGCCGCACACCACCUGCGGUCCGGGCCGCCGGACUAGAGAGCUGCGCUGUAUUGGACAUGAUGGCAAAGAGGCCCAGCGCGCGUGGUGCAGCGGCACGGGUGCGCCGGCGCACUCGGAGCGGUGCCGCAUCGCGUGCGCCGGCGACUGCGUGGUGUCGGCGUGGGCCGCCUGGACGCGCUGCUCCGCGCCCUGCGCCGCCGCCGCCACGCCGCCGCCCUCGCGCACGCGCCGCCGACACGUGCUGGCGCACGCCGCACCCAAUGGAUGGCCGUGCCCCUCAGAGGACCAGUUACUCCAAAACGAGACUUGCAAUACCCACGCGUGCGCCACUUACUCCUGGUUGGCCACGCCUUGGGGACCCUGCGAGCGACGGACACAGGACUACAUACCCGCUAACAACUACACCGACUUAUUGGAUGGAGAGACCUAUAACGAGAGUAAUGAUGAAGAGCCAUGUAUAGAAGAGGGUGAUAUGGUCAGAGACGUAAUGUGCGUGCAGAACAACGCGGACGUUGUUCGUGAAGCUCUAUGUGCUCCUCUGCGUCGUCCGGCAUCACGUCGCGCGUGUACGGUGCGGUGCCGCCGCGGAUGCAGGGUCGAGGCUUGGAUGCCGUGGUCGCCCUGUCCCAACACUUGUGAACCAGGCAAACAGGUCCGCGUACGAGUUGUGCAUGGCGGACCAAGCUGCGGCUCUCGGCAAGAGACCCGCGACUGUCCCGUGUCGCGCUCGUGUCGGGCUCGUGACGCCGCCUGGGUCGCUGGCGACUGGAGCACGUGUCGUCUGCCGCCUGCGCAACGAUGUGGGGUUGGAUAUAGAGUUAGGAGUAUCUGGUGCGGUUCGGAAUCGCACCGCGUGGAGGCGGGCGCGUGCGCCGGCCAGCUCAUCCCGCGCAGCGUUGCCGCCUGCGCCGUCACCUGCGACCACAUCGAGCCGACCACUUGUAACGUCAUCUGUGCUGACCCCCUCAAAUAUCUAGACGCCUCUGAUCCUGAUGUUCCGAAUUGCGUUUGCAAAAACGUAUCCUUGGAGCUAUUGCCAGCUGAUUCCGAUUGCAUCCUGCCUAGUGGCACGGAAUGCGGUGAAGGCAGAUCGUUACGUGCAGCUCGCUGCAUGGUCGGUGGUCGCGACGUGCCAAUGGAUGUGUGCAAGAAAUACCAUCCACUUACAGGACCGAGUCGCGUUCGUGAGGCGUCUACAGACGGCUACACGUAUGACGCGGAGUUCCCGUCGCUAUUGCGCGGCGCCUGCACCGUGCGCUGUGCGCGGGACUGCGCCGUGGGCACGUGGGGCGAGUGGGGACCUUGCGCGGCUGAACCUGGCUCAAGAGCAGCUUUCCGAUUUCGUACUCGGGAGGUGAUAGAGGAAGGUACAGGUGGUGGCCGCGAAUGCGGUGCUACUCUUCAACGUUCGACUUGCGCAGUGUCAGAGCCACGCUGGUCACUCGGCGAGUGGAGCGUGUGCACACCUCUUAGAUCACUUUGCGGUAGGGCCAUCAUAAAUAGGACAGUAAUUUGUAUGGAUGCAGAAGGACAAGUGCUGGAUGAUGCGACAUGCGAAGCAUCCGGAGCUGGACCAGCUCCAUCACGUGAAGCGACAUGUCGCGCCCCCUGCCCCGCUGACUGUGUUGUAAGCACUUGGUCAGAUUGGAGCCCCUGCGAACAGACUAAAUGGGGUGGCCGUCGUGAUCGUACUCGUGUGGUGUUACGUCCCGCUGACGACGGUGGUGCCGCAUGUCCACAUCUCGUAGGAGCCGAGCCUUGCUCACCUCACGUCUACUCCUGGCAUGUUGCUCCGUGGGAUGACUGCCAGCCUUUAGGAGGCUCUCCGUGCGGAGAAGGUACGAAGAAGAGAGCUGUCAGAUGUCUACGAAGUGACGGAAUAUUUGUGAACGAUACUUUCUGUCCAAAUACAACAGCAACCGAAGCUAAGGAAUCAUGGUGCUAUGUGCCAUGCGGUGUGGAUUGUGAGCUGAGCCAGUGGGGGCCGUGGGAUUCGUCAGCUUGUUCUUGCGGGGAUGCUUCCACUGCUCGCCAUAUGCGCAGGAUCAGGCAACACCUGACGGCGGCGGUGUGGCCAGGCCGCGCGUGUCCUUCCACUGAACAACGAGCGCCUUGCCCACGGGAGCCUUGCAUGAGGCUCGUCGCCAGACCUUCUCUAGGAUGCCAUAUUCAGACGUCAUCAGGCGACGAGGCAGACGGAGCUUGUGGAUGGGGUGUGAAGGUAUCUCACGCUCGGUGUGAGCUCACAAGCGUCGGGGAUGACACCAUGGACACAUUCCUCCAGCCGUGGCGCUGCGCUGGAGUACUGCCCGGCAGGAUCGUAGCACCACCCAUGCAUUACCAGGAAGACGAAGUGUGCGAGGUAGAAUGUGGUUGCAAGCAGUCGGAGUCGGGCCAGCCGGGCCCGUGGGGCGCGUGGGGCCCGUGCCGCGGCGGGGCGCGCUCGCGCACGCGCCAGCUGCUCGUGCCCGCGCGCCGCGCCUGCAGCACGCCCUCCAGAUACGUGACAAUCGAGUGGGCGAACUGCAGCGGCGAGCUUGAGGACAUCCCCGACUUGCUCGCCGUGGAGCCGCGCGACGAUAAGCCGCGCCGCGCCUGGCCCAGCGCCGACGUCUACCACGACGGAUAUAUCGAGGGCAGUAGUUCAGUACUGGCAGUUGUUUGGACGGCGACCAUUAUACUGAGCGUGUAUGGAGGGUUUAUGUUGUACCGCGGCUUCAUCAGAUGCCUGAGAAGUAGAAAACUGAAGACGGUCACCAAAGUGUAA